AGCGCGUCACUCGACAUAUUCAAAGCUGAGGAGAACUGGAACUCAGAUCGCAGCAAGCCGAUACCUCAUCAAUCUCAGCUCUCUACCGUUCUUGCAGAAUACCUACGCUACUAUCGUACAACCUACUCAAGAAAGGCAAACAUCCACGGAGGCACCUUUGCAGCUACAAUAAAUGGCCAGCUAUCUCCUUACAACAAGAAACGAUCGAGAGAUAACUUAAGUAGACUAAUAAAGCCCUGCCUCUGCGGCGACAGUCACUUCUAG